CUUUGUGAACCCCUGCUCAGCCCGUGCCCCCCGCCCGGCCCAGACCCGAGCCCAGGCGGGAACCGGCGGCGGCGACGGCGACGGCGACGGUGACGGCCGUGGUCGCGCAUCGGCAGUCCGGCGUCGCAUCGAGCCUCAACUCACCCCCUCUCCCAGAUCCGGUCGCCGCGCGCCCGAAGAAUCCACCCCCUCCUCGACGGACGCCCGGCGAGAUGCCGCGCGACCGCGACGAGCCGGCGGCCGUGCGCGUCUACACGGUCUGCGACGAGUCCAAGUACCUCGUCGUCCGGAACGUGCCGGCCCUCGGAUGCGGCGACGAGCUCGGCUCCCUGUUCUCGGCGUACGGCCCCCUGGAAGAGUGCAAGCCCAUGGACGCCGAGGACUGCGAGGAGUACACCGACGUCUACUUCAUCAAGUUCGCGCAGGUCGGCAACGCGAGGUUUGCAAAGAGGAAGUUGGACGAGUCUGUAUUUCUUGGCAACCGGCUGCAGGUUUCAUAUGCACCUCAGUUUGAAAGUCUUCUGGAUACCAAGGAGAAACUAGAAGUCAGGAGAAAUGAGGUCCUCAGACGAAUAAGAUCACCUGCUGGAAGCAGACCUGAAGGAAUAUCUCAGUAUUCACCGGGUCAGGGAUCAUCUAGUGGGAACCCACACCAUCAUAUGAACUCCAGCAAGAGGGAAUACACAAAGGCAAUGCCCGCUACUCAUAUCGAAGAUGAUCGUUUCAGCCAUGUGCCCUCUAAUAAGGACUAUUUCCCGUCCGAGUCGAUGAAUGCGACCGUGAACCUAGUCAGACAGAAGCUUGAUAAGCAGAUACAGUCCGGCGGUGAAACUUCUGAUGCUGCCGCCGCCGCAUCCAAGAAACCAAGGGUCGACAACCGAAGGCGUAUUUGAAUCAACGGGUGAUGCAGAACGUGCGUUAGGCGUUUCGUAUUGCUUUGUUUGCCCUAUGUUUCGUGUGCUUGCCCGCUCAUCAUUUUCAGCAGGCUGUCGCUUGGUGAUGUUAUGUAGUAGCAUGUUCCAGAGGAAUGAAUGGUGUGUGAUACUGUCAGGCUCAGCAGCUGUUUAUAUGCUCACUCCUUUGUGUCUAUGUAUAA